AUGUGUUUGAAUCUUUUCGGAAAGCAGGGGAAGGCGGGGCUCAAGAUUGUGGAUGCCAAGUUCCCGUGCCGAAAGGUGCUGCAGGCUGGGAUGGAUGGAGCGCAGGACGCGGCGGAUGCAGCGUUUUUGUGUUUGGACUUACCUGAGCUGCCCGGGGAGCAUGAUGAUAUUUCGAUCGUGUUUGAGGAUGAGGCUGAACGUGAUAAACUUGCUGCAUGCUUGCCUGCACCAGUCAAGGGUGGCUCUAGGCUGAUCCCAAGAGAUGAAGGGGUCGAAGGGGUAAGUGGAAUUCAUGAUGGUGGGGCGUUCAAAGAUCAAAACAAGAAGGGGUUCAAGAGGUUGUUCAUCAGGUCACACGAGAUAUAUCCUCUAAAUCUUAUUAGUUAAUGUUGCUACUUUGGAUGGGACCAACAGGACAGGGCAAGAUACAUGAGUCUCUUGGUUGGAAUAAGCAGUAUUUUUGGGUGCAUUAUGGAGGAAGAGCAAGACGGUCAUCAUCAUACAGCGCGUUACAGUCAUGUGUAUGGUAGUAUUAAAACAUGCAAUUCUUUUUGGAACCU